UGAUGUGCGAUGCUAAACCACAUUUGCUGGCAGUGACGCCUGUUGGCUAUGCAACACCCGGAGGCGCACCAUGGUUAACAGCAGCGGCGCCCGUUGCAGCCGUAGGCGCCGCUUAUUAUCCGGCAUAUGCAUCGUAUGCGUAUACGCCCGUAUAUUACGGUUCUUAUGCCGCAUAUCCCGCCUACUAUCCUUAUUUGAGGCGAUGAACCUCUUGUUUAUUUUCUUUCUUCUUUUUUAUAUAUGCCCAUGGGUAUAUGG